AUGGACGUUGAAGAGCCUCUCUCAUGGCGGAAGCAUUGGAUGUUCUUCGCGGUGGCGAGCGGUGCUUGUGCGGCGUUUAACGGCGUGUUUGCAAAGCUGACCACCACGCAACUCACCACAAGCUUAUCAAACGCCAUCGCCCAUGGCCUUGGAAUCGCAGCUCACGAGAAGAUUGUCGAAGUCGUUGUCCGCGCUAUCUUCUUCAUUCUCAACCUCGUCUUCAAUGGCAUUAUGUGGUCCCUCUUCACCACCGCCCUCAAACGCGGCAAGUCUGCUACUCAAGUCUCCAUUAUGAACACCUCCACCAACUUCCUCGUCACCGCCUUCACCGGCCUACUCAUCUUCUCCGAGUCUCUUCCCCCCAUGUGGUGGGCCGGCGCCUCACUGCUUGUAGCUGGGAGCGUCAUCGCUGGCCGAAAGGACGAGGGUGAGGGUACCAAAGAUGCUGCGGCCGGCGAUUCUUCUGAACCAGUACCUGCAGGUAGUAGUCUUGAGCUAGAUGGAGAUGUUGUUGCUGGAGAAAGAUAUCGGGAUGAAGAUGUCCCUGACUUGGGCGAGCUACGUACUUGA